ACCGACGAAGAAAUUCAUCAGAUCCAAAAAUAUCACUUCUUUUCGCUGUACGGAAAUUGCAUGAACUCCGGUUGGACUUGCGAAGAAUUCCAAAUCUUCUCUCUGCUUUUUCCUUGCCGGCAAAACUAUUAACCAGCAUUGCCGACGCUGAGCUUUCUGAUCCGGCUACACUUUCCAGGGGUUUGGAGAAAGCAUUAAGGCUUGGAAUUCAUAAUGUUCAGGUCAUCCCCUCGAAGGAAUCAGAGAUCCAAAGGCUUCAAGGUAAAGCAUGCUUUACAGACAUGUCUUUUGCUCGGGGUUUGCAUCUGGCUCGUUUACCAAGUUCAGCAUUCUCGUGGUAAGAAAGCUACUUUUGAUGAAAGCACAAAAAUUGAUGAUGUACUGAAACUAGGGAGGAAGGACCUCCAUCCUCGAGUCGAUGAAAUCAUCAUUAGAGAUGAGAGCCACAAGGAGGAUGACGAAGAAACCAGGAAUGAAGAAAAGGGCGGUGGGAAUGAUGAGUUUCAUGAUCAACAAGAAGUUCAAGAGGAAACUGAGAAUAAAGAUUUUGUGGUGGAUAUAGAGAAAGAAAGAGCGGAGAAUAGCGAGGUUAGAAAAGAAACGGAAAUUGAAGAUAACAAAGAAAUGGUAAACGAAGUGAAAGGAAAUGAAGAGAUUAAAGAGGGAGAAAAUGAUGAUAAGGAAAAUGGGGAGGUCGGAAAGAGUCAAAUUGAAGAAAGUGGAGAGGAGGGAAGAGGAAGAGGAAGCGAAGAGAAUGGAAAUGAAGACAAGAAGACAACGGAAUUGAAGAGAUCAAAGUUAAGGAGAAUCAAGAAGACAACGGAAUUGAAGAGAUCAAAGUUAAGGAGAAUCAAGAAGACAAUGUAAAUGAAGAAAUCAAGGAAAGAGAAAAUCAAGAAGUGAAUGGAAAUGAAGAAAGAAAAGAACAGGAAAAUCAAGAAUCGAAUGAAGGUAAGGCCAGUGAGAUGACAACUGAAGAAAGCAAAGAAAGUGAAAAUGAAGGGAGUGGCUUGAGUAAAGAGAGUGAAACCGAAGAGAAGAAGUACGAAGAAAACAAAGAAAAGGAAAAUCAAGAAGAGAGGGGAAGGGAAGAAACUGUGAAUAAAGAAAGUAACGAAGAUAAUCAUGAGAGGGAGAAUGGAGGAGUUAGAGAGAAGGAGAAUGGUGACAAUGAGAAGGAAGAAACCGAGGAGAAACACAUAGAUGAUGUUAAUGUAGAAACCAAAGAGCACAGCAGUGAGACCAAGGAAGCUUCCAAGGAUAAUACCACAGGAGAUAAUGGUAAUGAGAACAAGGGCGACAAUGAAAAUGAGACAGUUAAAGUAGAGGAGCCAGAACAGAAGGAAGGUAGUAUGAAGGAUGUAGUUUUAGCUGAAGAACAGGUUCAAGAUGGGAGUGACAGAAGUAAUGACGAUGCAAGAGAAGCACAAUACAAAGGGGAUAAUGCUUCCAGUGCUGUACACGAUGCUCAAAACAUAGCUACUGGAAAUGGGCAGGAUGGUUUUGCAAAACUCAGUGAGGUAGAGUCGGGUGAAAGUAAAGAAAACCACGAGUUUCAACAUGAGGAUGCAAGGAAGAGUAGCGAAGGUAUUGAUUCUGAUAAAAAUGAGCUGGUCCAAAAUGGGAGUGAUGUUGAGAGAAAUGGAAACAACGAAUCUGAGGUACCAGAUGAAGUGAUUAAUAACAAUGAAAAGCAGCCAGUAUCCAAGGAUAAUGACCAGCAUCAGGUUGAUUCAGUCAUUAGUCUCGCUUCUAAUGGGGAAACUACUGUAGAUAAUAUCAAUCUUGAUCAAGAUACCUCCACUUCAAAGCAUGUCACACUUGAAGAAAAAAAUCAUUUCAAUUCAUCUCUUAGCAGUAAACAAACAAAUUCAAGUCCAUCACAUUCAACUUCCACUGAGAAUACAGAUACUUCAAAUGAAGAAUCCAAAGAGUCGAGUGCUUCUGGAUCUGACGAAUCAGAUAGAUACGUAACCCACAAAGAAGAUGAAAAUGCUGGUCAUAGCAACUCAAAUGAUAAUUCUUCAGGUCAGCAGAAUGAUCAAGUUAAUUCUUCGUAUAUGUCGAACUCCCAAGACAAUGAUGCAUCCUCGAGCACUACUGAAGGUGCUGGUGCUGGACAGAAUGACAAUGAGAAUGUUGAUCAGAGCAACGGAAACUAUAAUGAUCAGCCGAAAGAACAAUUUGAUUCCCACAAUGAGGGUGUCACAUUUUCUGAUACAAACAACAACGAGGUUCAGGUUAUCACAGGUGAUUCUUCAGGAUCAUCUUUGCCUCAGGAAGAGAAGGAUGCUCGCACAGAUUUGGACACCUUACCCGAGAGCAGAACAGAAGUGAAUAACAUGGAUGAAACAGCCGCAGAGUGACAUCUCCAACUAGCUGGGUAACAAUAUUCUCUAAACACGGAAUUUACGUCAUUUUGUUUGUUUUCUGUUUCGUAAGGUUCUUUAUUGUUUACCGCCGCAGCAUGUCCUGCCAGAAAAAUAUAUAUAUACAUGCAACAUAUAUUUUUUUGGCUUUGCUGCUGGAAGAGUUUGGAAAGCUAGGAUAAUUUUCGAGCAUUUAAUGCUUCAGAUUAGUACAUGGUGGCCUUUUGUCGGUCAAAUUUAGUAGAUACCUUUGUAAUCUUCUUUUUCUUCCCUAAUAUUUGUUGGCUAAUCUCAUGAUGCUGCCUUGGUGGAACACCUCUCA